AGAUUUUCCUUUGUAGCAAACCGCAGCCUACUCCAUGGACCAUAGUACAUUACACCCAACUUCGUCAACCACGGCUUCUAGUCCAACUCUCUUCUUCUCCAUCAAAUCCAAAACCAUAUUAUAUUCUCUUAAUCUAUAAUUUUCCAUUUUUAAUUAGAGCAAAGUUGGAUUCAUUUGGUGGCAGACCUUGCUGGUGAAGCCAAAUUGUGUUUCCAAGUCGUUGGCCUUUCACUGUCUCCACUCUCUUAUCUGAAUCAACCUCUCACUGGUGGGACUCGUUGUUGUGACCCGGCGAGCGAUUCGUUCCUUUGACUCCUUUUGAAGCAACCCUUUGGCUUUCAUAAGCGAUUUCCUGUGAUGGGUUUUGGAUUUUUCUUUUUGAUUCCCUGUGAUCAGUUGCCACAACUGGGAACUGGGCUGUCCAAAUUGUAGUUUCUGUGUGGUAUGGUGUGUUUGGGGUUUGACAUGGUUGAGGUUGACUUUCAAAGGUUGGAACUUGAGAGGAGGGAAGUGAGGAUUUUGUUGAGAAUUUCAUGUGGGUGGUUGGUUUUUUUGUUGUUUCUGAGUCCUGUGGCGGGUUUGAGACCCUUAAGGGAUAAAACCAAUUCCUGGGGUGAUGAGUGGGUUUUUACGAGAAAAGACGAAAGUGACUUAGGUCCAUUUUCACAAUGGAACAUAACUGGAACUUACAGAGGGACUUGGAAGUUUUUAGAUACAACAAAUGGUUCUACAAGAUUUCCAGACAUCAGAAAAAUAAAUGGAAAUUCUGUAAUUGAAUUAGUUAGUGUGCCAACAAAGAUAACUGGUGUACAUUAUGUGCAGGGGGUAGUCAUAUUCCAUGAUGUAUUUGACAAUGAAUACAAUGUUGGUGGUGCUCAAAUCAGAGUAGAAGGUGUAUAUAUAUGGCCUUAUAGGCAGCUUCGAAUGGUAGCCAACAGUGGUAAAGAUGGGGGACUAAAUCCGGAGGGAGAAUAUAUUUUGUCAAAUCCAUAUCAUCUGCUUGGAGUUUUCUCAUCUCAAGUAUUCCAAGAAUCUUCACGACAAAAGAUGUGGAGAAGGAAACAUUCUCCAUUGCACGGAAUGGAGAAACAUUGCAAUGUAGAAAUAGCUGCACAGGUUUCACGCCUGUCAUUGUCAAAACAUGAAGGGGAGCGUGAUUCUUUUCAGCUAGUAGGGUUAGUGGAGAGUCCGUCUGUGGACGAUGAUGGGGACUGCUUCUCGCCUUUACAGUUAAAUGCAACUUCUAUUAACAUUGAAGUCUACUAUAAUAAAGCAGUGAACUAUACCUUGAUGGUUACUUUUAUCUCAUUUUUGCAAGUUCUUCUUUUAAUUCGGCAAAUGGAGCAUAGCAACACCCAAUCUGGGGCUGCUAAGGUUUCAAUAUUAACGAUUGGUCAGCAAGCUAUAGUAGAUGCUUAUCUUUGCCUUAUACAUUUGACUGCCGGAAUACUAGUUGAAUCCUUGUUUAAUGCUUUUGCGACUGCUGCAUUUUUCAAGUUUGUGGUGUUCUCAAUAUUUGAGAUGAGAUAUCUCCUUGCCAUCUGGAAAGCAAGUAGGCCUUUGAGCAACGGUGAAGGUUGGGAAGCAAUGAGGCGUGAACUAUCAGUUUUAUACAGCCGAUUCUAUGGAAUCCUACUGGGAGGCAUACUGCUCAUGUAUGAAUUCCACAAUCAUUUGAGACUUAUUCUUCUUCUUGUAUACUCCUUUUGGAUACCUCAGAUAAUCACCAAUGUUGUUCGUGACUCACGCAAGCCAUUGCAUCCUCAUUAUAUAUUAGGCAUAACUAUUACUCGGCUAGCAAUCCCAUUAUAUAUUUUUGGUUGUCCUGACAACUUCUUGCGUAUAGAACCAGAUCAGAGCUGGUGUGUUUGUUUGGCUAUAUUUGUUGGACUUCAAGCUGCAAUUCUCUUGCUUCAGCACUAUUUUGGGUCUUUGUGGUUCAUUCCUCGUCAGUUUCUACCUGAAAAAUACUGCUAUUAUAGGAGGUUUACUCAUGAUACAAAUCACUCCACAGACUGUGUUAUAUGCAUGACAGCUAUUGGUCUUUCUCCACGAUCAAAUGAUUGCAUGGUGACCCCUUGUGAUCAUUUCUUCCACUCUGGUUGUUUGCAAAGAUGGAUGGAUAUAAAGAUGGAGUGCCCAACAUGCCGACGCCCUCUUCCACCUGCCUGAAGAGGUUUCCACUGUUCAUAUCAAUAGGAUCAACUCACACUGCCCAACUACAUAAUUUUGGUUGGGAUAGAAUCCUUAUUGCGUACGUAAAAUUUCUACUUCAGUACAAGACCGAAAUACACUUCUCACAAUUGUAUCAUGCAUCAUUGAUAUAAUUUUAGUUUUUUUUUUCUUUCAGUGUUUAUGUAUCAAUAAUGUUGUACAUUAGAAAUUCAAUAUGAUGUUCUUUUGACUUC